AUGGCUAGAAACUGCUUGCUUAAUUCUGGUUCUGGUUUGAAAUCAAGGUACAUGUGGAACAAUGAUAAAUUUUUAUUGUGGAACUGUAUAUCAGAUUUAUAUUAUUCUGAUCUGGAACUGGGGCUACACCAACUUCCUAAACUAACAAUUGAACAUAUCAUGUUAACAUCUUAUUCAAAGAUGAGAGUAAAUCUUGCUGCCCAG